AUGACGGCGUCGACGACACACGAGGAUUUCGAAUACGCUCGAUGGCUGGACUCGAACGUGAGUACGCUCGUGAAAGCGGACAAAAAAAACGCGUUCGAGGUUUUUUCCUUCGCCUCCGAGAACGCCAAAGAUGCAAAGAUAUCCUACGCGCACAUGGGGACGAUGUGUGAAACCAAGAGAGGAUUGUUCUGCGCGGCGUUUCAGUGCUCCACGUCUGGGUGCGAAGGGAAACCAGGGCAGCACGUUCGGUUUUGCACGAGCGAAGACAAGUGCGAGACGUGGACGGAGACGAAAGUGCCCAUGUUUGGGUUGAACGCGCUGUGGUCGCCGGUGUUGCAUUAUCUGGAACAGACGGAUGAGAUUCUGUUGUUUUAUAGCGAGAGUAGGAAGCAGUUAUCCCCGGGCGGCGAUGUGAAGCUCAUUCGGACGAGAGACGAGGGAAUGUCGUGGUCGGAACCGGAGACGAUACUCACGCACGAAUCACUCGGAGGCGUCCCGAAAGUCAUCGCGAACAGAGUGUGCCAAGGUCUGAAAGAAGAGUGUCUUCGGCUUCCGUUUUGGACUGAACCGACCGAUAGUUGGCUUCGAUAUCGACAGUAUCAUCCGAUGGAAGAAAACGCGUCGUUAAAGAAGAAAGUAUAUCACAGUCCACCGGGGAGUCGGGAUGAUGACAGCGAAAGCGUGUACUCGGGCACGAUUGACUCUCACGACGGUGGGAAAACCUGGGAAGCUCCUCGGAUAAAGCAACUGGUCAAAUUUCCCGAACAUACGUGGUUGAUUGAAAAUAGCGUGCUGAGAAGUGCGCUUCAGAACGAAUACUCGAUGUACAUGAGAAGCGCGACUGGAGAGGUUUGGUACAGCUCGGGCGAUGAUGCUCAACAGUAUUGGAGCACUCCAGAGCCCAUUCCAAAUCUCCCCAAUCCGAAUUCAAAAGUAAGCGCGAACGUAGAUAGCUUCGUAUACACUACCGCGAACGGAGAGGUAAAAGAACGCGUCGUCCUCGCGCUCAAUCCGUCGAAAACGAAAAGAGCUCCGCUCGGUCUUUACAUUUGCCGCGCGCACAAUAGAGAGGAGAGCGGGAAUCAGAAAUACCCUUUCAUAGAAGUCGAAGGCGACCCGAACGGUAACUUUGCCUACCCGACGACGUUCAUAGCGUCGGACGGAAGCGUCUUCGUCAUUUAUACCGCGUGGGACGUCGGUAUUCGCGUCUACCGAGUUCCUUCUUUGGAUCUCGAAACGGCUUUGGUUUCCUAA